UCCAGUCUGCAGCCGACCUACGGGCCACCUGCCCCGGACUAUUUACCGGACGCACCGCUGGAAACAGCUCCUGGAGGCUCCAGAAAAAAAAAACAAAUUUCACUGAACGGUUUUUGAAGAUUUAACACAAAAAAGAGAAAACCAAUAAACAGGGAGAUAUGCAUCAUGCUCACCAGUUUCUUCGUUUGCUGAUGUUGGAAAACUUUUUUGGGGAUUAUUAAUUCUGCAAGAGGAAAACAUUUUGCGCAUUUGAAGGAAAAUAACCUGAAACUUCAUCAACUCUGAGGUUGAACAAAUUGAAAAAUCUCUCUAAAUCACUCCGUCAAACAUCCGUGAUCAUCGGAGUCCAGAGAGGUAGUUUUUUUUUUAAUAAUUGUUUUUAAUAAGCGAAGUAAGCGUCCUCCCCCCUCCGGAGGGGCCAGCUCUCCCCGCCGUCCCUGCACCAUGAAGCGGCCUUGUGAGGACAGCAGCUCGGCUGAGAGUGAUGUGGAGGAGACCAUCGAUGUGGGCAGUGAGAGCAUUUAUCCAGGACACAUGAAGGCGUCCUUUAUAAGAUGUGGGUCACCGACCACGACCACUCAAGUGAUGGCGAGGAAAAAACGCAGAGGGAUUAUCGAGAAGAGACGCAGAGACAGAAUCAACAACAGUCUGUCUGAGUUACGGAGGCUCGUCCCCACGGCGUUUGAGAAGCAGGGUUCAGCUAAACUGGAGAAGGCUGAGAUUCUGCAGAUGACUGUGGACCAUCUGAAGGUGCUGCAGGCCACCGCAGGGAAAGGUUAUUUUGACGCCCACGCUCUGGCCCUGGACUUCCUGUCUCUGGGUUUCAGGGAGUGCGUGACGGAGGUUUCCCGCUACCUGAGCGCCGUGGAGUGCCUGGACUCCGGCGACCCUCUGCGCUCCCGCCUCCUCUCCCACCUCACCUCCUGUGCCUCCCAGCGUGACGCCGCCGCCCUCACCAUGACCUCACCACAUCACCACCAGCAGCCUCCCCCUUUACCUCACCCCUUCCACCCCCACCACUGGGCCGCUGCGGCCGCCGCAGUCGCCACCGCAGCUGCGUUUCGACCUCUGCCGGUUGCUGCUGCGCAGUAUGGACUGAGCGGGCUGGCUGUUUCUCCAGAUGCUGGAGGAGGCGGAGCCCCCCAGAGGCUGGCAGAGUUGUCACAGCACAGUGCGGCCUCCUCCUUCUCCUCCCAUGCAGACUCCUCCUCCUCCUCUCCUUCCUCCUCCUCCUCGUCUCUUGUGCUCCCCUGCACCCCCACUCCUCUCUCCGCCUCCCUCCUCUCCCUCUCAGCGUCGUUUCCCAUCACUCUGCACGGAGGUUUCCCCAUCCUCCCUCCUUCCUCCUUCACCUCCACCACUGCCACCACCAGUCCUCCCAUCUCCUCCUUCUCCUCCUCCUCCUCCUCCUCGACUCCUCACAGCAGCAGCAGUAAACCCUACAGACCGUGGGGAACUGAGGUCGGAGCUUUCUGACUCUUCGACUGAUGUUGCUGCUGACUAACUUCUGACAGUUUAACAGCCUGGAAAACUCGUUAAUCACAAACAAAGUACAUUUAAAAGAGUUUUUAACAUUUGACUCGAAGAACUUUUAACCUGUUUGGUGUUUUUUUAUUAUUAUUUCCCACCUGCUGAUUUUUACAAAGUGACCAGUUGUUCUGAGACUUUUUAACCUUUUUGCGUCGUAUUCAGAUUCUCUGUUUUAACAUUUUUUAAGAUGAUGUUUUGUUUUCUGCAGGAGAUCGACUCCACUUGAACUCUUUGAGACCUGAGAAAACUUAACAAGAAAUGACCCAAAAAUGAGCAAGAAAUUAGUAAAAAGAUAAAAGAAUAUUAC